AUGACAUUGGGCCGCGGUGCUGGCGGCCCUGUGGGCGGUUGGCUCACCGACGCGAUCGGAUGGAGAUGGCUACUUCUCCUUCAAGCUCCAUUAAUCGGACUUGCUGCACUCCCCGUUAUUUUCAAACUCAAGGUGCCGCAUCCGUUACCUGCAACGACUCUGGAUGGCCUCCAAACUUCUAUUUUCAAACGCAUCGACUUCCUAGGCACUAGCCUACUAGCGGCAGCGGUCACUGCGACUGUCCUGCUGGUUGAUCAAGGUGGAAAAUCAUUUUCAUGGCUUUCAUGGCUGUCAUGCUCAUUGGGCGUCACGUCUGUUGUUUUGAUGGCGGGCUUUUGUUACACAGAACUGUAUAUUGCGAAGGAGCCAAUCUUCGAUCUACGUGUCCUGCGGCGACCAAACGUGCUUGCAAGCUACCUAGUUGGCUCGCUGCAAAUCGCAGCCCAGGUUGGGAUGAUGUUCUCCGUGCCACUUUACUUCCAGGUCACCAAACAUGCAUCCACGGUUGAGGCUGGUGCCCAUCUUGUGCCUGCCGUUCUGGGUAAUGCGUCAGGCGGUCUCUUUGCGGGUAUGUUUGCUCGACGGACUGGACGAUAUAAGAUUCUGCUUGUUAUGGGGUCCAUUAUAGCAUCGUCCACGUAUCUGCUACUCUGGCUGCGUUGGAAUGGACAUACUAGCCUUUUGGAAUCCUUAUACGUCAUUCCUGGCGGGCUUGGCACUGGCAUCUCCUCGACCACCGUGUUCGUGUUGAUGACAUCCUUCCUGGAGCCAGAAGAAAUUGCCACUGUGACCGGAGGAUAUAUUCUACUACAUACAUUCUUCAUGACUGUCAGUGUCACGGGAACCAACGCAAUCUUAGGUUUCGAAUUUCGCACGCAGUUAGAGCAUCACAUGCACGAGCCAGAGGCACCCCAGAUUAUCCGGCGUGCCAUAUCCGAUCUCAAUUACAUCACCCAUCUAGGCGGGUAUCUACAGGAAAUCGUCGUCAACUGCUAUGUAAUGGCGCUGAAGGAUACAUAUAUCACUUCCCUUGUGUUGUCAGCUUUUGCAUUGCUCCUCAGCUUCAGUGUCCGGGAGAUUCGCCUCUAA